AUGAUGAAGCUACCCAUUCGUAACUUCGCCUCCAGCACUCGUUGCUGGAAAGGAACGAUUUUUCCUAAAUUCUCUAGUCAUGAUGAACUUGCAGCAUUUCUCCGCAAACCUACAUGGAGGGUCCAUGACAUGAUUCCAGACACCUCUAAUAACUCCACGGUCGAUGCCAGAGUUGUGCGCAAGAUGUUAAAGCUUUCCGGCCUCAAUACAGAUAUUACCAAGGAGCAAGAAGACCAGUGGAUAGUUGCACUCAACAAACAAGUGGCGUUUAUCAACCACCUUGACGACAGCUGCCAGACUGAGCCUGGAUCGAAUGGAUCUGAAGUGUUUAGGCUCAUAGCGUCUGAUCACAACCCGCCGGAACCAUUGACGCUCAAGAAAUUGCUCGAGCAAGUCGAAAAGGUGGAGCAGGAAGUGGAUGUGACCAAGGGAGAAGAGGGAUUCAGCGCGUCUGGAUUCCGCACGGUGGUAAAUGAACAGAGAUCGUAG